UUAUUCCACGACUUUCCUCGGCAAACGCACAAAGAACUCAAACCUCCUUGUAGAUACCCAUCGCAGGACAAAGGCAAAGCUCAGAUCAGCUCUGUCGGAAUUUUCAAAGGAUAAAUUAGAAUUCUCACAAAAACACAGGAAAAAUGCAUGCCAGAUUUGCGGAUCCCGAGCCCGCGUCUCCGGACAGUGAAGAUGGAAUCGCAACGGAGUCCCUGGAGGCCAGAAUUGAGGCUUUUAAGCAGAGUCCCCAGAACAUGGCUGCUCUGCGGGAAGUCCUUGACGACGUGGUCCUGCGGGCUGAGACGGAGGCCAACAGGCGAGCAGUUGAAAACCAGAAAUCGCAACAGGGCAAGGAAAAGCGCCAGAGUUUCGCCAUACCAGAUUUUAAGAACGGCAAGGUAGUGAACCGGGCCAGAGGAUUUGUGGUCCGGAUCUUCGAUGCCAUAUGCAAUUGUGCCAACAACAAUGCGGCGGCGGCCACGACGCGGUUCAAACUGCGGAGCAACAGCGGCGGAGAAGGAGCCAGCGGAAACGGAAAGCGACAGCAGUCCCAGGAUGAGCCCGAAACCCUGGUUCUGACCAAGAAGAAGCCGGCCGGCGAGGGGAAAAAAAAGAAGGGCGUUAGCAUGGCCGACGAUGUGCAAGCCGGCGUUCGACUGAUGGACUAAGAAAGCAAUACUACGCGAUGGUUGAUCCUGCAGUGGGAAAACAUAAUCAAAAUCAUUACCAUCCAUCUCCAAACACUGAACUCACAUCGGCAAUCGUUUUCUGUAAUCCUAGAACUUUAGGGGCCCUGCCCAGAAGCAUUUUCUUUGCUCAAAUGUCUAAGCACCAAAUCAAAUUCCAAGUCUUCCCAUGAAGACCAAAAUGAACCCUUAAGAUAACAAGCUGUAUCCGAUCCUUGGAUUCGUUUUGCGGAGUCCUUAAACUUUAAACAGUUCUGAACAUGUUUAGCAUACCUCAUUAUAACACGCGUAAAAUCGUAUGCGUUGCCUAUAAACAAAUGAGUUAGACUUCAUGAUGCAUUUAGGUCAACGAAAACAGGGCGGAUUGAAAGGCUCUAGCUCUCUACUUUAUGAUUUCGAAACCUAAAUGUGAUCCCAGACGGAAAUGUAACAAAGAACUCUUAGCACAAACAACUUAUAGAUUAGUUAGAGGAGGAGAACGGGAGGAAACUCGUAUAGGAUAUACACCCUCAUACAAUCGAGGCCAUCCCACGCACAACACAAUCAACGGCAUACACAGUCCCAGGCGGUACCAAUGCCGAGCUUAACCACAGGCCUGGCGAUCUCCACCUAAUUAUAACUACGAUAUAUCAAAUUAUAUACCUAUUUGUGUAUACCUAGGUGUGUACCACCGACCUAUCUAGACGUGUGUAGUAGUUACUGAAUAUUUCCAGGCCAGCUAACAAACGGUUCAAUAUACAACCAUCGAUGUGUACUGAUUUUAUAUACAAUGUACUACUAUAUACUAUACAUGUGGACAUUCCUAGAGGCUUAGUUGUUUACACGAACACUCUCUGAACGCAGCACAGGUUUCCUCAAUCCUCAUCAAUCUCACCAACUAAAUCCACAACACACGCUCUAAUCGGAUAUAUUUUUGUGAGGCCCUUUUUGAGAGAUCUAAAAGACACUAUUCUAUACCAAUCCCAAUUUUAUGAAAGAAUACGAUGAAUACAUAGCUAACGAGAGAACUUUGGACACACAUUUGCAAGGCAACCAUUUUGUAUAAGAUU